UCACUCCAGCAAGCCUCCCUAGAUUCCGUCAAGCCAAGCCAAGCCACCACUCUGCCAUGACUUCUGAAUCUCAUUUGUAGCUUCUGGCUGAAACAGUCAAGAGCGUCGUAGAGAGCAAAGCGCGAUUUGGGCCUCCGUUUCUGAAUGCUUGGUGCUAGGGCUACGAGACUAGCUUAGAGAUUUUCAACAGCUUUAGUCCUGCGGUAACCAUAGAAUCAAGAUGCACACAAUGGCGUACGUUUACAGACUAUGCGCAUUCGGCAUACUGCUGCUGCUGGGACUUAUAGCUAGAGCUAAUGCCUCCGUGCACCCCUAUAAGGGAAAUCGGUUUUUCCACACCGCGGAUGCUUUCCUGUUCCGCGGCGGGCGGGAGGGUCUCUUCUCGUCCACGCCUGAAGCGGUGGCGCACUGGACGACCAUCGGGAAAGCCGUCGCGAACGGCAAGGCAUACGUCAGGUUCCAGCACCUGACGUUCCACCGGCCCAUCUGGGAGGCGCGUGACGCGCCGGUGGCGGGGCAGACGGGGCUGAUCGAGGCGCUGCUGUUCGAGGUGGGCGACCGCGCGCGCAUUGGCCACACGUCGCCCACCGGCACGCGCUCCUUCUGCUGCACGCCCGAGCUCGUGCGCAAGACAGGGUGCAACCCCGGCCAUCUCAUCGUGCGCCCGCGCGACGACGACAGUAAGUGGCCGCGCGUGGUGGAGAUCAACUUCAUGGGCAACGACAGCGCGGUGGAGGCGGCGCCGUCGGAGAUCCACAUAACGCGCACGGGCAUGUACUACCUGUGGUUCGUCAUCUGCGACAAGAACCUCGCCGAGGUUUCGGUGACGGGCGGCACGGUGUGGAAGAACCCCUCGGGCUACCUGCCCGGCAUGAUGACGCCCUACCUCAACUUCUUCGGCGCCAUGUCCAUCGCGUACCUGCUGCUGGGCGUGCUGUGGCUGCUGCAGUACGUGCGGUUUUGGCGCGACGUGGUGUCGCUGCAGCACUGCAUCACGGCGGUGCUCUUCCUCGGCAUGGUGGAGAUGGCCGCCUGGUACUUCGACUUCGUCAACUUCAACGCCUCGGGGUACCGCCCCAUGGGCAUCACGGUGUGGGCGGUGUCGGUGGGCGCCGUGCGCAAGACGGUGUCGCGCAUCCUCAUCCUCGUCGUCGCCAUGGGCUUCGGCGUCGUGCGCCCCACGCUCGGAGGGCUCUCGGGGAAGGUGCUGGCGCUGGGCGGGGCGUACCUGGUGGCGGCGGAGGGGCUGGACGUGAUGCAGAACGUGGGCGCCAUCGACGACCUCAGCAGCGGCGAGCGCGUGAUCCUGGUGCUGCCCGUGGCCGUGCUGGACGCCGCCUUCAUCCUCUGGAUCUUCACCGCCCUCUCCAAGACGCUCAGCCAGCUGCAGGCGAAGCGCACGACGCACAAGCUGGAGCUGUACCGGCGCUUCACCAACAUGCUCGCACUCUCCGUGCUCGUGUCCGUCGCAUGGAUCGGCUACGAGAUCUUCUUCAAGGUGACGGACCCCUUUAACGAGCGCUGGCAGGCGGACUGGAUCACGGGGUGCUUCUGGCACGUGCUCACGCUGCUGCUGCUCUGCAUCAUCUGCAUCCUCUGGGCGCCCUCGCAAUCCUCCACACGGUACGCUUACUCUGAGGAUGUUCCUGAAGAGGACGAUGAGCUGGUAGGACUGACCAAGGUAGUUCCAUCAGCAGGAGAGGCAGAAGAGGGGCUGGAGGAAGACGAAUUGGAGCAGGGGAAGUUGGAAUAACUCGGGAGUGUAACGUCGUUAGUGAGACCAGCUUAAGGUGCCAUACUAGGAUAGCUAUAUGUGAUUGUCAAGAAAUUCCGAUCGUUUAGUUUAUGCACUCAAUCGUGUGGAAUGUAAACACAUGAUGCAUGCACAAAAGCCAUU